AGCUAAUCGAUGGUUCAGAGCAGCAACACGAUAACGCAUCGAAAUAAAGAGGUUGGAAACAACAUUUGUUGUGGAUGAAGAGGAUGACUACGCUACUGGAUUAUCUAAAGGAUAAUGAUCUCCAUUAGGAUUUACUCUUAUAUAUGUCAGUCUUACUUUCUCGCAAUGUGUGCUCUAGUGCAUCUCAGCUUCACGUCCUAACUGUCCUGUACACACCCUCUAACAUAGUGAAUGAGAUCUGAUUCGCCCAUGUUGGUUUGGCUGGACUGUCACAUUUUCUACCAUGAAAAGGCCAAAGCAGCAGUCCCAGGCCUUUAGCUUCCUCAAUUUCUUUAGCCGCAAGCCCAAGACAGACCCCAAGAGCGAGAAACCAGCAGCUGCCUUGAAUCGAGAUGAAGUGGUGAUUACGCUGACGCCCAACGAGCAGGAAGACGUACAGAAUGAGCCACCUCACAGCGAGAGAGACGGAGGAGGAGAUGUUGCCGAAACAGGCUCCAUUAAGGCUGAUGGAGCCGAGGUUGAGCAAGCUGUGGAGUGUGUUAGCAGUGGCUCCACGGGUGUCGUGUCACUUUCCUCCUCGAGCCAAGAGCAGCUUCUCGAGCACCUGGUAGAGUGUCCGUUGUGCCUGCUGAGCCAGCCUCGUGCCCACUUCCCCCGUCUGUCCUCGUGCCCACACCGUGCAUGCACCGACUGCUUGCGUCAGUAUCUGCGCAUCGAGAUCUCAGAAAGCCGCGUGGGUAUCGCCUGUCCACAGUGUCCUGAAGCUCUAGCGCCACCGGAUGUCCGUGCAAUCCUAGACGACAGUGCAUUGCUUGAACGCUUUGAGGAGUUUCAGCUCCGCAGAUUCCUGGCUUCCGACCCUGACACACGCUGGUGCCCAGCUCCAGACUGCAGUUACGCGGUGAUAGCGUACGGCUGUGCUGAGUGCCCCAAACUGAGCUGUGGCCGUGAGGGCUGCGACACAGAGUUCUGCUACCACUGUCGUCAGCUGUGGCAUCCAGACCAGACGUGCGAUCAAGCCAGACGACAACGAGCCCGUCACACGUUGGGCAGCAACGACGCCUCAGCACUCUACGUCUUCAGUGAGGAACCUGGAGGAGUCCUGGUCUGUGGUGUGUGUGCAUUAGAUGCUGAGGAGAUUAAAGCUUGUCCACGCUGUGGUGCCUACAUCAUGAAGACUAAUGAUGGCAGCUGCAACCGGAUGAACUGCACAGUUUGUGCCUGUCAGUUCUGCUGGCUGUGUAUGCAGGAGAUCACAGACGUGCACUACCUCAGUCCAUCAGGCUGCACUUUUUGGGGAAAGAAGCCGUGGUCACAGACACGUAAGGUGCUAUGGCAGGUGGGAAUGCUGCUUGGGGCUCCAGUGGUGAUCUCACUGAUUGCAGGCAUCGCCAUACCAGUCAUUAUCGUAGGCAUCCCGAUAUACAUGGGCCGCAGGGUCCAUGGUCGCUGUAAGAAAAACAAUAUCUCAGGAAGUAAACAUUACUUGACAGUAGCCAGCGGGGUCAUGACAUCAGUAUUCGUCUCUCCGGUCUUAGCAGCCGUCACAGUGGCGGUUGGAGUGCCUCUGAUGCUGACAUACGUUUAUGGCGUCGUCCCCAUGUCUCUCUGUCGUAAUGGCUGGUGCAGGCCUCAAAAUGAAGCCCCUGAAACACGGAAGAUUCAGUUAGAGGAUCUGGCCAAUUAUUUUUUGUUUUCUCAUGUAGUCAGUGAUCACUGGAGUGUGCAGCCCAAGCCAACGCUCAAUGAAAUCGGGCUCCAGGAAGUGAGUGUGGACGAAGCAGUAGCAUUACCCAGCACCAGUGCUGUCCUGUCACAGCCUGAGGGAUUCUCCAACCUGUGUGAUGAUGAACAGGUGGUAAGCAGCAAACAAGACAAAUCAGAUGAUGUGGAUGCUGUCAAGGAGUGUGUCUUUAGCAGCACGCAGACCUUUGCUUUGAGGGAGGGGACCAAUAUCGAGGUACGGGUGGAGAUCGAGGCACAGCCACGUAGCGGACGUCAGCCAAGUCUCAGUAGUGUCCUCUCUAGCCGGAGCCUGUCAGCCGAGUCCCUCCGUCAAUCACACGAUCCUCUCAGUGCCUCCCAAAUGCCAGUGAACGACGACCCCCAGCCAGUUACACAGACAGGCAAUGUCUGAUCACCAGCCGCUUUCACCACCCACUGUACCUCCGACCAGCUGCUUCUAGCCUCUAUCUGUUUACACAGAGACAGAGAAAUGGAGACCAAUGGAGCGAGAAAGGACAAGAUGGGGAGAGAGCAAGGGAGAAAGAAUUCAGUAUCACGAGAGAGGGCAUGGGGACAAACAUCUAGAGCAGCUCCCGAUAUACCACUCGGAUGACUAAAGAUGAUAGUAUGAACUAAAAUGACCGAACGCAUGUUUGCAAGCCAGUCUUGUGGUUGUUAGCCUCUUUUUUUACUGUGGUACAAUGACAAAAAAAAAAUUGGCUAUCCAGAUGGUAUUUAAUUUAAUUUAUUUGUUUAGCCCUUCUUAUAGCUGCAAAACACUUUUGUAUGAAGUGGCUGUAUAAUUCCCUUAAAAUAUAACAAUAAAUUCAAGAACCACAGCAUGUUUUUCUCUGAAGCAGUGAGUUUCCUAGUUUGACAUAGAGCUUUUACACAAUAUUAUGGAAUCGAUUGUUUCCUUGCCUGGAGAAUACAAUACUAUUGGCAACCUUGCAGCAGGGUAUCAUGUCAUUCCCAUAUGGUGUUCAUUCACUUAAAUUAUACAGAAUAUUCACUUAAAUUAUACAUUAUAAGUUCUAACAGAAUACCAGGUACUGAACUAUUUAAGUUGCAAUGAAAAUAAUGGGCCUUUGAUUUAGAUUUAGCCUACAAGCCUACUCAUUUAAAUACUAAUCUAUAGCUCUCCCUUUAUGUAGUAACUAACUAAAUAUAAGCCUUGUUAAUGCAGUUAAAAGGAAGGCGUCUUGGCCAAAAAAAUUAUUCGCCAUAAUUGUAUUGCAUCCAGUGUGUAAGAACACAGAUUGCUUAUUGAAAUUCAUUUAAACUUGAGUUAUUUUAUAGAAUCUCUAUUAAGCCGCAUUGUCCUACUCUAUGUCUAAAAUGAUUGAGCCAAUAAACUGCAUUCAGCUUAGAUAAUGCAAUUGGAUGAGCACUUUUAUGGACUAGAGAUACUAAAGAUAGUAUGGAAAGAGGUUUGUUAAGAGGUGUGUCCAGUUUAUGUUUACAGAAGGAAUCAAAGUAAGCUUUGGUAAUAUGACUAGACCGAGUUUUAUGAGUACAACAGGAGUCUUAGUUAAAGCAGUCUCUUUUUUCAGUUUUGCUCUCUGCAAUUCAGCAGUAAGCAUUAACGCAAAAUCUCUUAUCAGCAUGUCAUCUGAGGCCUCUUAAUUCUCAAGAAAACAGCAGGUGGGUAAAAUCUUUGAUGAUGAUUUCAUCUUGGGGGUGAAUUUACCCACAGCUCCAAAGUAAAUGUAUGUGCAAUGUAGAUGAAAAAAGUUGUUUUGAAA